AGUGCGACUACCUGCAUUGCACCUUGCCUAACCCUAGCCAUGGAGAACGACGGCGUCCCCAACGGACCAGCGGCGCCGGCGCCUACCCAGGCGACGCCGGUGGUGCGGGAGCAGGACCGGCUGAUGCCGAUCGCAAACGUGAUCCGCAUCAUGCGCCGCGCGCUCCCUGCCCAUGCCAAGAUCUCCGACGAAGCCAAGGAGGCGAUCCAGGAAUGCGUGUCGGAGUUCAUCAGCUUCGUCACCGGCGAGGCCAACGAACGGUGCCGCAUGCAGCGCCGCAAGGCCGUCAACGCCGAAGACAUCGUGUGGGCCCUAAACCGCCUCGGCUUCGACGACUACGUCGUGCCCCUCAGCGUCUUCCUGAAGCGCAUGCGCGACCCCGAUGCGGGGACAGGUGGUGCCGCUGCAGGCUACAGCCGCGCCGUGACGAGUGCCCCUCCCCGUGCGGCCCCGCCUGUGAUCCACGCCGUGCCACUGCAGGCUCUGUUGGCGCAGUCCGAUGCCAAGCUCGCCCUAUAG